AUGGAGGCGACCAAUUCCAAUCCAAGUCUACCAUUGAAUUCGAUCGACUCAAAUCAGGUGUUCCGACCAGACGCCUUCUUCUGGCGACGUACUAAUUCUCCCGACUACGCCAAUCUCAACCAAAUUCUUACUUUAACCUUGAUCAUCAAAGAUGUCCAUACUAUCAAAGAUGAAGACGUUGGCAAAUUUCUGAAACUUUUUGGCGCACAGUACCUUCCAUAUCUUAUAGGAGAAUGCGACAAUGACCCGUUGUCUCCAUAUGCCUUAUGGGUCUUAAUUGGUGGUGCGGAAGACAGCAGGUCAUCUUGGCAGGCAAGGGUAGACGCCAAGUUCUAUCGCACUCUGUUGGAUGACCAUAGAGGAUCCGAGUUCGAUCUUAAAUUCAAAGAAUUCCUACAAAAGAACUGCCAAUUUCUUCUCGAACUCUGUAAGAAGCCUGCAAGACCCGAAGCAGCCCCAGACGCACACACUCACGAACCUUGA